AUGUGGACACAAAUGCCCGACAGGCUGACGGUGGUCAUCUUCAACCCUGGCCUGGAGCCCGCUGUCCCCUCCGCCAGCGCCACGCCCGCAGCGCCUGCACCCCGCCCCGUGGAGACUGGACCCUCCAGUGUGGUCCGAGAGCUGCAGGUGGAGUCAGUGCAGGGCCGGUCCUCUCUCGGUGACUGGCCUCCCAGCUCUGACCCCCGGGGGUCCAACAUCAGGGCAGGCGGCACAGGAGGGGCUGUGGAGAUGGUCACCCGGCUUCUCUGUCCCCAGCAGGGUCCCUACGCCACUGUGACCCCAGACAGGCCCCUCCUGUGA